UGUGUGUACUUAUUUUAUAUUAUGCGCGCGCGCACGCGUGUGCGGUGUGUAUGUAUUAUAUGAAAUUAUCUAUAAAAAUAUAAUUAAAUUUUUUAAAAAAUUGCUUGUUAUAAGUACUGUUUCAAAUUAUUCUAUGUUCAUCUGAAAUGAUGUAAUCAUUUUACGUGGUCAAUUAAAUUUUAUCUUAUAACUAUCUUUAAGAUUUUGGACGUGUAUAGUACUAUCUUUUCAUUAGAAAUAUAUGACGUAUUGUCAAUAUUAAAUAUUUACUUUCGAAUAUAUAAUAUAAUUUCUAGUAAUCAUAUUUUUUUAUAAAAAUAUUUUAUAAUAUAUUUCAAAUAAGUAAGAUUGCAUAUAUUAAAAGCUAUUCAAUAAAUUGACGUUCUACGUAACCUUUAUUACCUCUAAGUAUUACAGAAUAAGUGUUCACUUUUAUAAUAUCUUUACAGUAGAAUUUUAAAUUAAAACUUAUUUUUACUGUAUUUGGAUUUCAUGUGCAUUCAAAGUUCUAAGUAUAUUUUACAUACAUAUUUACAUUAUUAAAAAAUAUAAGAUGUGUCAGGACAUAGUAAAUAUGUAUUUUGAACUCUAAGCAUUAAGUAUCAACGAGGUCAAUUAUAUUCCAAAAUAGUUAUUUAAAUAUUAUACAUUUAUAUUAAUCAUAAUGUGGCAUAAUUCAAAGUCACUUUGCAAAAACUAUGUGUCAAAAUGGAACAAUUUUGUUUUUUAUAAUUAUCAAAGAGUAAGACAUAGCAGCUCAAAAUCUACUAUAAUAACAAAUGAUGACGUUGAUGAUCCACUUCCUAAAAAUGCAAAAGUUGUUAUAUGUGGUGGUGGAGUUAUGGGUGGUGCUGUUGCUUAUUAUCUUUCACUUAUGGGGCUAGGUCAUCAAACAGUUAUUGUAGAAAGUGGCAGAGUUGGCGGUGGAACAACGUGGCAUACCUCAGGAUUAGUUGGAGCGUUUAAGCCAAGUUUGACACAAGUAAAACUUGCUCAAGACAGUAUAGCGUUAUAUAAAGAAUUAGAAGAAAGAGGUUUAUCAACAGGCUGGAAGCAAUGUGGUAGUCUUUCUUUAGCGCGCACAAGGGAUCGUAUGACCUUUUUUAGACGAAUGAAAGCACAGUCCAUAUCACGUAAUAUUGAAUGUUAUCUAGUUACACCGAAACAAGUGCAGGAAAUAUGUCCCUUGUUACGAGUAGAUGACUUAGUUGGUGGGUUAUGGAUUCCAGGCGAUGGUGUAGGAGAUCCGUAUCAGAUUUGUUUAACAUUAAUAGGAGAAGCGAAAAAAAAUGGUGUUAAGGUAUUUGAAAAUUGUAAAGUCACAAAAGUAGUUACUCAUAAUGAAGGAAUUGAAGCUAUCGAAACAACAUAUGGUGCCAUUGAAUGUGAACAUUUUGUAAAUUGUGCUGGAUUUUGGGCACGUAACGUCGGUAAAUUAAGCGAACCACAUGUAAAAGUACCCCUUCAUCCUGUUGAGCAUUACUAUUUACACACACAACCUAUCAAUGGUUUAGAUCCUAUGACUCCAGUGAUAAGAGAUUUAGAUGGUUACAUUUAUUUUCGAGAAAAUAAUGGAAGGUUGCUAGCAGGUGGUUUUGAACCAGUUGCAAAACCAGCAUUUGAAGAUGGGACAAUACCUGAAAGCACAAACGAAAGAUUUUUACCAGAAGAUUGGGACCACUUUCACAUUUUACUCAAACAGAUGCUCUAUAGAAUUCCAGAUUUAGGAAAUGCAGUAUUGGACAGGUUGUCUAAUGGACCUGAAGCAUUUUCUCCAGAUUGUAAAUGGAUAGUAGGCGAAGCACCAGAAAUACAUAAUUAUUAUAUUGCUGCUGGUAUGAAAACUGUAGGUAUAUCAGCAGCUGGUGGAGUCGGGCGAGCUACAGCAGAAUUAAUAGUCAACGGUUCAACAUCUUUAGACAUGUACGAGUUAGAUGUAUCGCGUUUUUUAGGUCUUCAUAACAAUCGCAAAUUUUUACGUGACCGAGUAAAAGAAGUUCCUGGUAUGCAUUAUGCGUUACAAUAUCCACAUCACGAAUUUAAAACGGGCAGAAAUUUGAGAAUGUCACCGAUUUAUCCGAAACUUAAAGAAGCAGGAGCUAUUUUUGGUCAAGUAAUGGGAUAUGAACGGCCAACUUGGUUCCAAUUAGAUGAUGAUAGAGAUUUAGAAACAAUUGAUGGAUUUCAAAGGUACAAAAUAGCUUACACGAAUACAUUUAGUAAGCCACCGUGGUUUGAACCAGUGAGCGAUGAAUACGCUGCGUGUCGUGAAACAGUUGGAAUUAGCGAUUACUCUUCCUUUACUAAAAUUGACUUAUGGUCGAAUGAUUUAGAAGUGGUAGAUCUGUUGCAAUACUUAUGCUCGAAUGAUGUGGAUGUACCGGUAGGAAGUAUUAUUCACACUGGUAUGCAAAAUAAUCGAGGAGGCUAUGAAAAUGAUUGCAGUUUGGCCCGUAUAGCUUCUAAUCAUUACAUGAUGAUCGCUCCCACUAUUCAGCAAACUCGCUGUAAACAUUGGAUCAAUCGUCAUUUACCUAGUGAUGGUUCUGUUGCGGUGUCUGAUGUGACAUCUGCAUAUACAGCAAUUUGUAUUAUGGGUCCUGCUACUAGACAGUUACUUUCCGAAUUAACGGAUACUGAUCUGAAUCCCAGAAAUUUUCCAUUUUUUACUUUUAAGGAAUUAGACGUUGGUCUUGCUAAUGGAAUACGCACAAUGAAUUUAACUCAUACCGGGGAACUUGGCUAUGUUUUAUACAUACCAAAUGAAUUUGCGUUACAUGUUUAUACAAGAUUGGUAGACGUUGGAGCUAAAUAUGGACUAAAACAUGCUGGAUAUUAUGCAACGCGAGCACUACGAGUAGAAAAGUUUUAUGCGUUCUGGGGCCAAGAUUUAGAUACAUUUACAACUCCUUUAGAAUGUGGAAGAACAUGGAGAGUGAAACUUGAUAAAGCAGUCAAUUUUAUUGGGAGAGAUGCUCUUUUAAAACAAAGAGAAGAAGGUGUAAAACGCAAAUAUGUGCAGUUACUAUUGAAUGAUCAUGAUUCUGAAUUGGAUACAUGGUGUUGGGGUAGCGAACCAAUUUUCAGAAAUGGAAAAUAUUGUGGAAUGACAACUACUACAGGUUAUGGAUUUACAUUUAGGAAACAGGUUUGCCUUGGAUUUAUACAGAACUUCGAUUCAAAAGGACGGCCUCAAGAAGUGACAAACGAAUACGUUUUAUCCGGUGAUUACGAAGUAGACGUAGCAGGUAUAAAGUUUCCGGCCAAGUGUCACUUGCAUAGUCCAAAUUUGCCAACCAAGUUUCCAGAUAAAGAAAGAGACUCGUAUCAUGCAACACGUGAUCAGCAGAUUGUGUGAUUCUGACAAUACAAACUUCAAAUCGUGUACAAAUAAUGUAUAUAGAAAAAAAAUUAAUAAAUUAUUUGAUAAGCGACAAUUAUAAAGCACUGUUUA